AUGGCCGGGUACAAACCAAAGGUGAUUUCUCUAACGAAGAUGCCGGGUCAGACUUUUGGCUUCUACUUGAGGGUGGAGCAAGGCGAGGAUGGCCACCUGAUCCGCUGCUUGGACAUGGGUAGUCCUGCCGAACUGUCAGGCAUGAAAGAUGGAGACCGCAUCCUUCGAGUGAAUGGCAAAUUUGUCGAUGGGCUUUCCCAUUCUGAGGUGGUGGAGCUGGUGAGAACCAGCGGGGUGACAGUCACCUUCCACAUUCUGGAUGAAGCUUCCUACAAGCAGGCGAAGACGCAAGGAGUGAAUCUGGGUGAGCCUCAACACCCCCCAGCAGUCAACGGCGUGGCCCAGCAGGCUCUAAAACCUCGACUCUGCUACCUGGUCAAGUCCAGCUCUGGCUAUGGCUUCUCUCUUCGCUCUUUUAAAGGCGACCAGAGCAUCUUCAUUACGGAGGUGGUUCCGGGCGGUGUGGCAGACAGUGCCGGGGUCAAACUCAACGAUCGUCUUCUGGAAGUCAACGGAGACAACAUCGAGGGCUCCACGCACGAACAAGUGGUGGACAAGAUCAAGAUGGCGGGCAGCAGCCUCAUGUUCCUCCUGGUGGAUGACGAGACGGACCGGUACUACCAAAGUGUGUCCCUGAAGAUAGCCGCACGCUUCGCAACCACUAAGUGUCUCCCUUACCGGCCACGCAUCGUCCACCUGACCAAAGGGCCCGGCGGAUAUGGCUUCCUGCUCAGGGAGGAGCCCAGCACUGAAGGACACGUCAUCAGGGACAUAGACAGAGGGAGUCCAGCAGAGAUGGGAGGUCUCAGGGACAUGGACAGGCUGGUCGCUGUGGACGGCCAGGAGGUGAACGGCUGUACUCAUGAGCAGGUGGUGGAUGCUAUCAGGCAGAGUGGCGACAAGUGCUGCCUCCUAGUGGUGGACAAGGACACUGACCUCAUGUACGCUCAGGCUAAAGUGUCACCUAUGCUCUUCUGGGAGGAGAAGAAGGACUCUCUUUCCCCACCGAGUUACUUAGAGGCAACCACCUUACUCCUGGAUAAACCAUCCACACCUGCGCAGGAGGAGGAGAAGAAGAAGGAUGAGGAUGAGGAGCUCAAGCCUAAAUUGUGUAAGAUGGAGAAGGCAGCAGCUGGAUUUGGCUUCCACUUAAACGGCCUCCUGGGGGUGUAUGGCCAGUACAUUAAAGAGGUGGUGAAGGGCGGAGUCGCCGACCAGGCCGGUCUAGAGGACGACGAUGUGGUGGUCGAGGUCAACGGGAUGAAUGUGGAGAAGAGCACUCACGAGGAGGUGGUGGCCAUGAUCCACAGCAGCGGAAGCUCUCUGGAGCUGCUGGUGGCCACCAAGAGCGUCUAUGAGCAACUCAAAGCCAAAGGGGUGGCCAUCACACGGGAGCUGCUGCAGGAGACGUCACGAGGACAAGUCCACAACCAAGAGGAGGAACAGCAAACUCCAACGAAAGACAGGACGGCGUCCGUGUCUUCAUCUUCGUCUUGUAAUAGUUUGGAUGCCAAACUUUAA